UGACUAGCAUUCUAGCAAUUUUAUUUCUAUAGGCACCGAUACGCAUCUGCAUCCCAACGCUCAAGCGCACGGAGAACAGAUACAGGGAUGAUGAUAAAUAUACCGAGAAACUGUGUUACUAUAGAGAGCAUCUCACCCAGUUUUAAAGGCGAUAUUGACGCCUCAACUUCUCAAAAGAUGCCGACAAUGGAAGCAGAGGCAACCUUGUAAAAGAGACGUGAUAAAGCAGCCUGUGCCUGCAGACAAAACAGCGACUGUGGGACUCGGUGCUGAGCUUAUAGGGCAUUAAGAGCACAAACUAAUCCUGUGCCUGACAAAAACAUCAAAACUAAAAUCGAAUUUUGGUUUUAUGAAAAGAAGAUGUUUUAAAGAAGACGGAGCAGCAGUAGGAUCGCAAUCAUUUAGUGUUAUUUUAAUUGUAUGUUGUGUGAAAUGGGAGCUUUGACAAGCCGUCAGAAUGCCGGAGUCGAGGAGGUCGAUAUACCGUCAAAUUCUGUUUACAGAUAUCCACCCAAAACAGGGAGUUAUUUUGCUAGCCAUUUUAUUAUGGGAGGUGAGAAGUUUGAUUCAACUCAUCCUGAAGGAUACCUCUUUGGUGAAAACACUGACCUUAACUUCCUGGGCAACAGACCAGUAGUGUUUCCAUACAAUGCCCCUCCUCCUCACGAGCCGGUCAAGACCCUCCGGAGUCUCAUCAACAUCCGCAAAGACACAUUGCGACUUGUACGAUGUACUGAUGACAUGAAGCUGCCUGGACAGGAAGCUGGGAAAAGCCACAGCUGCUACAAUAUUGAGUUUACCUUUGAUGCCGACACACAAGUCGCCAUCACUGUAUAUUACCAAGCCAUUGAAGAGUUUCAUAAUGGUGUGCCAAUAUACUUGCCACAGGACAGCUCUCUGCAGUCAGAGACGGUGCAUUUCAAACGCGGCGUCUGCCAACAGUUUUGUUUGCCUUCUCAUUACGUCAACCUGUCAGAGUGGGCAGAUGAAGAGCUUUUGUUUGACAUGGACAAGGACAUCUACCCAAUGGUUGUACAAGCAGUAGUGGACGAGGGAGAUGAUCACUUAGGACACUCGCAUGUUCUUCUCGCAACCUUUGAGAAGCACAUGGAUGGAAGUUACUGUGUAAAACCUCUAAAACAGAAACAAGUGGUGGAUGGUGUCAGUUACUUACUGCAAGAGAUCUAUGGAAUAGAGAACAAAUACAACACUCAAGAAUCAAAGGUUACUGAAGAUGAGAUCAGUGACAACAGCGCCGAAUGUGUGGUGUGUUUGUCGGAUGUCCGGGACACACUUAUCUUACCCUGCAGACACCUGUGCCUGUGCAACGCCUGUGCAGACACACUGCGUUACCAGGCCAACUGUUGUCCCAUCUGUCGACUACCGUUCCGCGCUCUCCUACAGAUCCGAGCGAUGAGGAAAAAAUUGAGUCCGCUUACCCCAACCGGAUUCAAUCCUGUCAUCACUUCCCACACAUCAGACUCAGAGGAGCAUUCGGCAUCAGAGCACAUCCCACCAGGCUAUGAAGCUGUGUCCCUGUUAGAGGCCUUGAACGGGCCCUUGAACCCAUCUCCAUCUGCUCCGCCGCUACAGGGCCUCACCAGGGGCCAUGUUACUGGAUCUGUGCCCGCAUAUGGCAACGAUAGCCACCACACGCCUGCAUGUUCUCUCUCUACGCUAGAACACUCGGUCAACUCCAGCCAAAAUGUAAAACAUAAAAAAGGCAGUUCUAAAUCUCUCUCUCAGACGUCUUCAGUGCUGCCUGAAGAAGAAGACGAGAAGUCAUGCAGUGAAUCUGAAGUACAAACAUGCAGGAGAAAAUUGCAUGUAGAGCAGCAAGAGUCUGGAGUGACCCCUGAAAGUGACAACAUUACCCUGUCAUCCUCAGGGGCAAUAGAUCAGUCCUCCUGCAAUGGGACACCUCUGUCCUCCACCAUCACCUCCCCAGAGGAUCCAGUAAGCAGCAGCCUGGCCCAGUCUGUAAUGUCAAUGGCAUCCUCUCAUAGUCAGCAUUCACAAAUCAGCACCGACACACUUUCUUCCAUGUCUGGAUCAUACAUGGCUGGGGCCGAGGGAGAGGAGGCUGCUGAGACGCCUGCAGAGAGCAGGGCUUCCUCCAUGCAUGAAGGGGAGGAAAUCCCUAAUGAGGCAAAAGGGCAUAAAUUUGUGGCUCCCAUUCUAGAAGAACAGGAUUCAGAGGUGAACAUUGGAAAUGAUGUCACAGAGGAAGAUUGUGGAUCUCCCACCAAAGAACAGGGUGGGCGCAGGAGGAGCGAGGUGCCUUGUCCAGAGUUUGACAAUAACAAUCAGGAACAGUCUGACACCCACAUUAUGACAGGCCUGGACAAUGAGCAGCCUCCUGACGGCCGAUUCGCUGGUGAGUGGCAACCCCUCGAACAUGGACUUUCAGAUUGGAAGGAAUUGGGUCUCUUAUACCUUGACGUCUAUCGUCAUGGACGAGAUCCUUUGACACACCAUGCGUCCACCAGCAACAUCAACCUGGAGGAGCAGGAGGUCACAAAUGAGGUGUCAAACCCAAAGAACAAAUCUCACCGUGGACCUUUAGCUCUGUGAAAUCCUGCUUUAGCAAUUGUGCUGUCCUCAGAUCAACUUUUACACCUCUUCUUAGUGAUCUUCAUGCCACAAACUUGUGUUCAAAUAGAGUCAGACUUUAGAAAUUCUCAUGAUUCACAUCCCACAUGCAACCCAGGGUUUUUGGAGGAUGCACUAUGGUUUCCCCUCUCAUGCGUUUCAAGUGUCGUGUUUUUAGCAAUUUUGGUGUUCAUACUGUAAAGCACCACGUUUACACCAACGCUCUGCCCUUCUCCAUGUGUACAAGCUGAAGGAUGACUCAAACAGCUCUCUGAUGAAAUCUUGAAAAACGAGGACAUGGCAACCUAUGAUCCAGGCAGCAAUGCAGUCUCUUCCAGUGAGCAAUCAAAGUUUUUGCUGUGUGACUACGCUUUGUGAACUCUCAGUUGAAAUUUCAUCUAUCGUUUUAACUCACACAUGCAUGAAUCCUCAUCAUAUUCGAUUUUCUGAAUCGACAGGAAAUUUGUAUGGACUGUUUAAUAGAUGUUUCAACAUAAACAAACAUCUUUUGUGGCCCAGACUUAACUUCCGGCAGACUUCCGCAUAGAUAACAACAGUGUCUUACUAGAGUAGAUUAUUUCUGAUAACAAAAUAUAUAACUUAUAAAUGACCUUAGUUCAAAUCAUAGCAAAAGCGUAUCAACUACUACACUGUGCUAAUGGUACUGUGUAAAAUUAAAGGAAUAGUCUACUCAUUUUCAAUAUUAAAAUAUGUUAUUACCUUAACU